AUGGUGAAUUACUGGAAGUCUAAAGUCCUUCCGACGAUCAAGAAGGUGUUUGACAGGAACGGCAAGAAGGCUGCCGCCGCCGAGGCAUGCAAGUCCUUCGACGAAUCGAAGGAGGACAUCAGCAAGGAGUUCGAAGAGAAGAAGACUGACCUGCAGCCCAAAGUUGUGGAGAUCUACGAAGCUUCUGCCGUUGAAAUCAAGCCUUCUGCAAAUACUUGCUUUGGACGACGACAGACUCUGGUGAAGAAACCGACGGGGUCAGGACUGAAGAAGAAAUCAACUGUUGUGAUCAAGUUCAUCGAGGAACUAGUGAAGAUCGAGUUCCUUGGCUCGAAGCCGGUGAGCGAGGCUGCCGCCAAGUACGGCCCCGGCCUCGUCUCCGGUCCCGUGAUCUUCCUCUUCGAGCAGGUGUCCACCUUACUCCCCGCAGAGGAGCCGCCUGCUCCCGCCGAACCGGCCGUCGAGAGCACCAGCAAGGAUAUUACACCGGAAACCGCGGAGGAGAUCAAGAAGGAAGAGGCUGAGGCGGAGGUGGAAGAGGCACCUGCCCCGGCCGACCCGGCUCCCUCGGACCCCUCCCCGGAGACGGAGAAACCGGCCGAGCCAGCGGCUGAACCCGCCAAGGCUUGA